AUGGAAGAAGUAGCCGAGGGCCAAAGCGGCCGGACCCGGAGCGUCGGAACAACGCCCCCACCCCCACCGCAGGUCCCAGAGAGCUCAGGCUGUCCGGCAGGGUUUACCUCUGCAUACCCAACACAGUCCUCCGUUCCUUCGAGACCGCACGUUGCAAGAGUUCCAAGUUCAGAAAAAAAAGGAUUUAAUUGUCAAGCCAGGAGAUUUUUUUAUAAAGAGAAUGAUACCCCUGGACCUGGCUUCUACAACGUCAUUCAUCAAUCUCCAGUGUUCAACAGUGUCUCCUUGUCCAAAAAGGGGACUUGCAUGUUUCCGUCUAUGGGCACCCGCAUGAGCAGCACCACCUCUAAGUAUCCUGCAGCAAAUGCCUACUCAAUCCCGUCGUAUAUUUUUUCAAAGAAAGACUUCAGCAAUACCUGUUCCAGCAUGUUCCAAUUGCCACACUUUGCCAAAGUUCUCAAAUUUGAAACUCCUGCCCCAAACCAUUACAAUGCCGCUGUCUCUUCCUGCAUGGAGAAGAACAACGUCUGUGCCCGAGCAGGGUUCAUGUCCAAAACCCCAAGAUGCGUGUUCACGCCCAGUGAAAUGGGGCCUGCUCCAGGGCAUUAUAACAUCAACGAAGCCCUCGUGAGGCAGUCGCCAAAGGUAAUGAUGUCUAGUUUUAAGUCAAAAACUGACCGUGGACUCAAGCUGAGGUCAGCAGGCCCAGGACCUGGUUCCUACAACCCAAACGACCGCAUCAAAGUUCCGAAAAAGACGCUGAUCCCGAAAAACCCCGUCCUGAACUUCUCUGCCCAGCCUUUGCCUCUCCCGCCUAAGCCGCCUUUCCCGGGCCCUGGUCAGUAUGACAUUGUGGACUACACCCCCAAGAACUUCAUCUCGAGCGCGUCGUUCGUGUCCAACACCAGGCGAUGGAUGGCGGGACCGUCCCAGCUGGGGCUCCCCGGCCCAGCCACCUACAACCCGGAAUCCCCAGGCAAGCAGUCCUUUCUCUACAACGAGGACCAUAAAUGGAUCCCAGUGCUGUAGUGACGUCACAGACGCUCGGGGAGAAGCCUGGCCUCUGGCCCACCUGACUCAGCUUCCCCAUGACUUUUUAAAAGAGAAUACAUUUUUCCUGUGUGACAUCCAA